CGCGGUGCUGGAAGCCGGCUGGACUGCUGUGCACGUGCCGGGACCCGACACUCUGUGUUGGGAUUCCUUCCGCCUAGGGUCUGUUCCCACCUGCUUUGAGAUUCACGGGAUCCUCGGCCCCCCAGGCUCUUGCCCAGCUCCCCACUCCAGUCCCCAAGCUCUGAGCCCUGAGAGCUGCCCAUAGGACAUGAUCACAGCCUUGAACGCCUCACAUGAAGUGAGGCAGCUGCUGCAACCCUGUGAUUUCGAGCUGUCCCGGGACAUGAGACCCUUUCUGGAGGAGUACUGGGCCACCUCCUUCCCCAUUGCGCUGCUGUACCUGCUGCUCAUCCUGGUGGGGCAGAACUACAUGAAGACGCAGAAGGGCUUCCACCUGCAGUGGCCCCUCAUCCUCUGGUCUUUCUGCCUGGCAGUCUUCAGCAUCGUGGGAGCAGUAAGGACAUGGGCCUUCAUGGGAAUGCUGGCACUUAGCAGGGGCCUGAAACACACCGUGUGCUUCGGCGACUCCGUUGAGAAUUCUGUAAUCAAAUUCUGGUCCUGGGUCUUUCUUCUCAGCAAGAUCAUUGAACUCGGAGACACAGCCUUCAUCAUCCUGCGGAAGCGGCCACUCAUCUUCGUGCACUGGUACCACCACAGCACGGUGCUGGUGUUCACCUCCUUUAGCUACAAGAACAAAGUGCCUUCGGGUGGCUGGUUCAUGACCAUGAACUUUGGCGUGCACGCCAUCAUGUACACCUACUACACCCUGAAGGCUGCCAAGGUGAGGUCCCCCCGGCUGCUCCCCAUGCUCAUCACCAGCCUGCAGAUCCUGCAGAUGUUUGUGGGGGCCACCGUGGGCGUCCUGACCUACAUCUGGAGGCAGGAACCGGGGUGCCACACCACGGUAGAACACUUCUUCUGGUCCCUCGUGUUGUACACGACCUAUUUCAUCCUCUUUGCCCACUUCUUCUGCCAAGCCUACCUCAAGCCCAAGGCCAAAGCAAAGGCCAAGAGCCAGUGAAGGGCUGGCAGGGAGGAGCCUCAGGAGCUCUCUUCCUCAGGGCUCUGUUCAGGUCUGGGAGAAUGAUUUGGGUGCCUUACCUGUAUGACUUCCCCACAGGCUUUGCAGCCCCAGGUGGCAGGAAGCGUCACCUUGGGUGGCAGGUGCGUGGCCUGGUUUUUUGCUGUUCCAGUUUGUAAUGUGAAGCCC